GUGCGCAAAACUUACCAUCCCUUCCCUCGUCGUGCCUUUUGAACGGAUUCGUUUCGUUCUCUCUCCCUGCAACGCGCGUACGAAAUAUAACUAAAAAUCUCACACCCCCCAUGAAAUCACGCCGCUUCUUAAUCUUCCUAAACGAUCUUAUUAUCCCCAUUUUUCCCAUUAAACUAGACAUUUAUAAACUGUAUUUUUAAGACUUUUUCUUUAUCUCUCUCUCUCUCUCUUCUUUGCUUUGGAAGAAAACCAGAAGGCUCCUCUACCCUGUAAACACUCCUUCACUGCUUCACAAAGUCAAUGCACCUCACAGCUUUUCUUUCUCUUUGGAUCUGAGUCUCUGCUAGCUCACUUGCUGCAGAGGGUGAAAGAUUAUACAUGGGAAUUCAGGUACUUGUGCACGAUAUAUUGAAUUUCCAUGGAAAAAUGAUUCCUUGGCCAUGAGUUUGUUACUGUUCAUAAAGAAGAUGACACUUUUGCUUUGUAAUUUUAUAUCCUUUAUCAGUGAUGUAAUGGGAUUGUGUGAGGUAAUCUUUCAUGCUUAUUUUUGGUCAUACCAUGGAAAUUCUUUCUUGCUCAAAUUUAGCACCUCCAGUUUUCAACACAUGUCUCCUGGAUUUAUGAUCAAUACUAGUCUUAGGGAUCUGUUUGGAUAAGAAAUCUCUGGAGAUAAGACAACAGCUAAAGUUUGACACAUUCAGAGAGGAAUGGAAUUUUUUUUUUCCAUUUUUUAAUGGCAUUGCUUUUGUUUAUUAGGGCGGCAGCUGAUUAAGGUUUUUGCUUAUGUUGUUUCCACUGAAGCAGAGACGAACAAGUGUUGUUUUUGUCUGUUUCAGAUAAUCAUUUCGAAAGACUGAUUAUAAUAUCCCGAGCAUAAUAUGCCUCAAGACAGUCUGAGAUCAGUUGUCUACAGAUCAUUUGUUACCUGUGAUGAUCCAAAGGGAGUCGUAGAGUGUGGAACAAUUAGAAGGUCCAAAAGUGGUUCUGAGAAGAUGGAGCAUAAGAAUGAAGGCCGGAAAGCACGGAACAGAUCAAACCUAUGUGCGGCGCGCAAGGCAGAAAGAGAAGAGCUGGUGACUAAAGGGGCCAUGGAAGAACUACAUAGCUCAUCUUCCUGUCAGCUCUUGGAGGUGUCAAAAGGAGCUCACAAGCUGAAUCAGGUAAUUGAUUCAUGGUCCAAAGGGCUAUGGUAUGAUGGGCAUUCAAAAGAUAUAGCCAAAGAUUUGUUGAAAGGAGCUCUUGAUUUGCAAGAAUCUCUACACAUGCUUGGGAAAUUGCAAGAAGCAUCCCAUUAUAUGGCUAGGUUGAAGAAGAAAGAAAAGGAAAAAAGUAAUAGGGUGAUAAAUGACCAACUGAUUCGGAGAACGAAUUCAAGUGCAGCUGGAGAGCAAAUUCACCCAACGAGAUUCCAAAAUCCACGGCUUUCCACUGAUGGCUCUUCAAGAGAUUGCAUUGAGGAGCUUAGGAAAGUGAUCAGAGACAGCCUAGCUAGGCAAAAUCUAUUGCCAAAUAUAAAUGCUGAAGAAAAGAGAUGCUUCAGUGGAAGAUAUUCAGACUCAGCUUCAGAUAUCCCAUCUACAAGCUCAAGCCAAUCUUCAACGGUUCAAACCGACAACUUUACUUCCAUGGAUUCAUCUAUCUCGUCAGCAGCUCUAGAGAAGAAGGCAAGAAGGCCAAGUUUGAUUGCAAAGCUUAUGGGCCUAGAAGAAAUACCUUCAAAACCAUUGCAGACAAUUUCACAGAGAGAGCUGGGGAGUAAGAAGAUUUUCAGUCAACAGAGGCCUAUCUAUGAAAUUGAUAUUCCAAAAGGAAGGAAGUCCCAAUCUGUUUCUCAGAAGGAAGAUCCAGAGAGGAGGACGCUGAAGGACAUCCUUGAGACCAUGCAUUUUAAAGGACUUCUGAAAAGCAAUUCCAUCAAAGAGAUUAAGUCUGAUUCCCAUCAAUUAAUUGAUUUCUUUUCUGAACAGAUGUUGGUUAAUGAUAGCCCACCUAUUGUACUCAUAAAACCUCGACAUGAUCCACACCUGCAACCUAAAGAAAAGUUUGUGCCAGCAUUUCAGGAGGAGAGAAGCUUAAACGCAGAAACUAAGCUCAAAAAACUAAAAGUAAAAGAGGAGCCUCCUUCCAGAAUAAUUGACUCCAAGAAUAGAGGUUUGAACUUCAAGGAAAUGAGCAGAAGAGUGGAAGCAGAAGCAGAAGAAACUCCAGUCAAAAGACUUAGCCAGCAGGAAGGUGCUAAAGACAGCCAAGAGAAAGAGACCAGACCAGUGAACAAAGAAGUAAAGACUAAACAGAAGCUUUCUACCAAGAUGAAAAGUUCAGGUCCUGUAACUCAGCCAUUGCUGAAGAAAGAGGCAAAUGACAAAAAAAUUGAUAAGAUACCAAAACCUGCAAUAAGCAGCAGGAAACCAGUUGAGAAGGAGGUCACAAAAGCAAAGAAUUUAUCACGGCCUAAAGAUCAAGCCAAGGUUACUACUCCAAAGCCUACUAAGCCUGAAAAUGGAUCGAAUGUUACAAAGAAUAAAGUUUCUAGUCAACGAAGUCCUACAGCUAACUCCCACUCUAAUCGCAUACCACAAGCUGUAGUUCAUGGUCCCAGCGAUCGGAAAAAGAGUCCAACAAAAAAGGAAAAGGCAGUGAGCAAGGCUACAGCAGCUAAAAUAACUGCUGAGAAAUUAGAAUGCAAAGGAGGCGACAAGAUGAUUGAUCUUACAUCUGAAAAAGAUACUGUUUUGGAAGGCUGUAGCACUGAAACUGCAGAUCAAAUUCCUACAAAGGGGGCAACAGAACACAGUGAUAUUCAGAUUGGAGAACACCACGAUAAGAGCGAGGGUUCUGUUAGUGAUGUUAUUCCGGUGACUACUGAUGAUCAAAACAACAUUGUACCCAUUGGAGAAGUUGAUGAUGACCCUAUCAUUCCAAUUGGAACCGACAAUGAAAGCUUCACAAUAGGGACCAGUCUAAAAGCUUUGCUAUUGAGCAGUCCAGCUUUUCUCAAUCAUGCAGAGAAGCUUUUUGAUCUUAAUGUGAAUGUCCCUACAACUCCACAAAAAUUUGGCAUCAGUGACUUUACAGAUGCCAAUGCACAACUCUCGAUGGAUUGUGCAAAUGAAAUUGUUCAACGAAGAAGCUUUCCCGAUGCUCAAAUGGUCUACCCUCCGUUAUUAACCCUGGUUGGAAAUUUCAAGAGUUAUAUCUGUCUAGAUCAUUUGUUAAAGAAAACUUCUGAUGGGGUUGAGGCUCUGAGAAGCUAUAGUGAACUUGCUGGUGAGAACUAUCCUAUUGAUAGUCUUUAUGCAAUGCUGGAAAGAGACAUAAAGCACAGUGAAGUCCUAAGUGGAAUAUGGGACUUGGGUUGGAGGAAAGGAUUUUCUGUGGAUGACGCAAUGCAUGUUGUGGAUGACAUAGAGAAGCAACUAUUGAGCGGGUUAAUUGAGGAGAUUUGUGCCUAAGUUCUGCUUUACCAACUUGUUAAAUGGUUGAACAAAUGCACAGCUUCAAGAAGUCAGUGUUGGAGCAUCGUAAAUAAGCUUUUCUUUGUUUGACAAAAGGAGGCAGAGUUGGAAGUCUUAGCCAUAUAUCUCGGAUUCAAAAUUAAAUUUCAAAUGUGAAAUUUUCGUUGCUGUUAGUGACGCAUGUAAAUUUAGAUUCCUGGCACCUUGGUGUAUUGAUAUCUAGAUAAAUUGAAAUCUGUUCAUAACCCAAGUCUUUUCUUUUUUUC